ACUCUAGAAUGUUCCAAGGUCAACAAACACAACCUUAAAAAAUACACUAAUCAUUGCUGUUGUAAAUUUGUAAAUGUCUUUUGAAAUAAAAAAAAAGCCACGUAUAUUGUAAUUUUUUAUAAAUUUACAGAAAAAUUAAACUAGUUGUUAUUUUUUAAAUAACUUUAUUAUUAUUAUCACUAAUAAUUUAACAAAAAAAAAUAAAAAAAUACAUAUCAAUUGGCUUGACAGCUGAGUCUGUAUAUAUUUUUGUAUAAAUUGUUGUUUAUAAUUUUGAUGAAACAUAUUUAAAUAGUUAAAAAUUAUAAAAUCAUGAAUUCAACAAGUCAGAAUGAUAUUGAACAAUUGGAAGGAUCAGUUAAAAAUGUUAUUGAACAAAAAUCAUUAAAAUGGAUAUUUGUUGGUGGUAAAGGUGGUGUUGGAAAAACAACAUGCAGCUGUUCAUUAGCAAUUCAAUUAUCAAAAGUACGUGAAAAUGUAUUAAUAAUAUCAACAGAUCCAGCUCACAAUAUAUCUGAUGCAUUUGAUCAAAAAUUUAGUAAAGUACCAUCAAAAGUAAAAGGUUUUGAUAAUUUAUUUGCUAUGGAAAUUGAUCCAAGUGUUGGAAUAACUGAAUUACCUGAAGAAUAUUUUGAUAAUGAACAAGGUGGAGCUUUAGGUGGUGAAGCUGUUAGACUAAGUCGAAGUUUUAUGCAAGAAAUUGUUGGUGCUUUUCCAGGUAUUGAUGAGGCAAUGAGUUAUGCUGAAGUUAUGAAACUUGUUAAAAGUAUGAAUUUUUCAGUUGUUGUAUUUGAUACAGCACCAACUGGUCAUACACUUCGACUUUUAUCAUUUCCUCAAGUUAUUGAAAAAGGUCUUAGUAAAAUAAUGCGUUUAAAAACAAAAAUAAGUCCAUUUAUAGCACAGAUAAGUUCUUUACUUGGAAUGGCAGAAUUUAAUGUUGAUUCAUUCUCAACAAAAAUGGAAGAAAUGUUGGCUGUUAUACGACAAGUUAAUGAACAAUUUCGAAAUCCUGAUCAAACAACAUUUGUCUGUGUUUGUAUAGCUGAAUUUUUAUCAUUAUAUGAAACUGAAAGACUUGUACAAGAAUUAACUAAAUGUGGAAUUGAUACGCACAAUAUUAUUGUCAAUCAAUUGUUAUUUGUAAAAGAUAGUGAUGGUUCUUGUAAAUUAUGUCAAGCUAGAAAUAAAGUUCAGGAUAAAUAUUUGGAUCAGAUCAUGGACUUGUAUGAAGAUUUUCACGUUACAAAACUUCCACUUCUUGAACGUGAAGUUCGUGGUGUCGAACAAGUACAUCAAUUUUCCGAAAAUCUUGUUACUCCAUAUAAACCGUAACUCAAAUUUUCCAAUUAACAAUAAUUAAGAUUUUUAAUAAAUAAUUAAAAAAUAAAUCUUUUUUUUAGAAAUUAAAAAUAAUAGCAUUUCUUUUUUUUUUUUUUUCUUUUGUAAAAAAUAAAUUAUAUAUUUGAA